AUGCAAGUUCUUCAGCACUCGUCAAUCCUUCUGCAGUUGAUUCGCGGUUCCAGUUUAAUUCUAAGGCGCUUUUCUCUUCCAAUUUCCAAUAAUCAAAACCAUUCUCAACCUUCAAAACCUCUCUUUCCUUUUCCUCGUAAAUACGAUUACGACGAGUCUCAGCUCCUCCACUACCUAACAAAAGGGUUGCUUCACGAAGCACGAAGCAUUCUUCACUCUUCCCCAUGCGGAAACCUCCACUCCCGUGUUGUUCACUGGACUUCUUUGCUCACCUUCUACGCAAAACAUGGUUACAUAGAAGAAGCUCGAAACCUGUUCGACAUAAUGCCUCACAGAAACAUUGUCACUUACAAUGCAAUGUUGUCUGCAUAUCUUCAAUCCGGUAUGCUCCAACAGGGUCAGAUGUUUUUCUAUGAUAUGCCGGUGAGAAAUGUUGUUUCUUGGACUGCAAUGCUUAGUGGGUUGGCUGAUGCGGGGAGGAUUGAUGAUGCGAGAAAGGUGUUUGAUGAAAUGCCUGAGAGGAAUGUUGUUUCGUGGAAUUCGAUGGUGGUUGGGUUGAUUAGGAAUGGUGACUUGGAUGAGGCGAGAAAGGUUUUUGAUGAUGCGCCUUUUAAAAAUGUGGUGUCUUGGAAUGCUAUGAUUGAAGGUUAUGUUGAAAAUGGUGGAAUGGAUGAAGCAAGAGUUUUGUUUGAUCAAAUGGGGUGUAGGAAUGUGAUCAGUUGGACUAGUAUGAUAUCUGGGUAUUGUCGUGUGGGUGAUGUGGAUGAGGGUUUUCGUUUGUUCUGGAUUAUGCCAGAGAAAAAUGUUGUUUCUUGGACUGCGAUGAUUGGUGGGUUCACUUGGAAUGGAUUCUAUCGAGAGGCGCUGUUACUUUUUCUUCAGAUGGUGACGAAUUCUAAUGUGAAGGCUAAUGGGGAGACUUUUGUUUCUCUUGUCUAUGCAUGUGCUGGCUUGGGGUUUCCUUGUGCUGGCAAGCAAUUGCAUGCUCAGAUGAUUGCUAACAGAUGGGAGCUUGAUGAUUAUGAUGGUAGGUUAGGGAGAAGUCUUGUUAGGAUGUAUUCUGUGUGUGGUCUUAUGGAGUCUGCACGCAGUGUGUUUGAAGGUUGUCUGAAAAAUUGGGAUGACCAGUCUUUCAAUUCUAUGAUAAAUGGUUACGUUCAGUCUGGUCAGUUAGAAAAGGCUCAAGAGUUGUUUGACAUGGUCCCUAUUCGAAACAAAAUUGCAUCGACUUGCAUGAUUUCUGGAUACCUUAGUGUUGGACAAGUAUUAAAGGCAUGCAAUCUCUUUGAUGACAUGCCUGAUAGUGAUAAGGAUUCGGUUGCAUGGACUUCAAUGAUUUAUGGGUAUGUUCAAAAUGAGCUAAUUGCUGAAGCCAUCAGCUUAUUUACUAAAAUGAUGGCUCAAGGUGUUUCCCCUAUAAAUUCUACUUAUGCUGUUCUUUUUGGAGCUGUGGGAUCUGUUGCAUAUCUUGAUCUGGGGCGGCAAUUACAUGCUAUGCAGUUAAAGACUAUAUAUGAAUAUGAAUAUGAUGUGUACCUUGAAAACUCUUUGAUUUCAAUGUAUGCAAAAUGUGGGGAGAUAGAGGAUGCAUAUAGGAUAUUCUCAAACAUGACUUGUCGAGACAAAGUUUCUUGGAACUCCACGAUCAUGGGUCUUUCGGAUCAUGGGAGGACUUUUGAAGCUUUGAAGAUGUACGAAACCAUGGUUGAAUUUGGGGUUUACCCAGAUGCUGUUACUUUCCUCGGUGUCCUAACAGCAUGUGCUCAUGCUGGUUUUGUUGAUAAAGGGUUGGGGUUAUUUAGUAUAAUGGUCAAUGAUUAUGCACUUCAACCUGGCUUGGAGCAUUAUGUUAGCAUUAUCAACCUAUUGGGCCGAGCAGGAAGAGUGAGGGAUGCAGAGGAGUUUGUGUUGAGGCUACCUGUUGAGCCAAAUCAUGCCAUUUGGGGGGCAUUGAUUGGAGUAUGUGGUUUGAGUAAAACACAUGCAGAUGUUGCUAGACGCGCAGCCACACGACUGCUCGAGUUGGAUCCUCUGAAUGCACCGGGUCAUGUAACCCUUUGCAACAUAUAUGCCGCAAAUGAUAAGCACCUUGAGGAGAUAAGUUUAAGAAGAGAAAUGAGGAUGAAAGGUGUGAGGAAGGCACCUGGAUGUAGUUGGAUAUUAGUGAAGGGUAGAGUUCAUGUUUUCUCGUCUGGAGAUAGAUUAGAUCCACAAGGAGAAGAUAUGUUGCUACAAAUUUGA